CCGCGCCUCCCGGGCCCCGCGCUAGGGCCGCCGCUGCCUCUCUCGCCGCCGCUGCCAGCUGACCUGUCCUGGACGCAGCAUAACUAACGAAGCUGCUGCAGGAUGAGAAGAUGGCAGCGCGGCUGCUCGCACCACCAGGCCCUGAUAGUUUCAAGCCUUUCACCCCUGAGUCUCUGGCAAACAUCGAGAGGCGCAUUGCUGAGAGCAAGCUUAAGAAACCACCAAAGGCCGACGGCAGUCAUCGGGAGGACGAUGAGGACAGCAAGCCCAAGCCAAACAGUGACCUGGAGGCAGGGAAGAGUUUGCCUUUCAUCUAUGGGGACAUCCCACAAGGCCUGGUUGCAGUUCCCCUGGAGGACUUUGACCCAUACUAUUUGACGCAGAAAACCUUUGUAGUAUUAAACAGAGGGAAAACUCUCUUCAGAUUUAGUGCCACGCCUGCCUUGUACAUUUUAAGUCCUUUUAACCUGAUAAGAAGAAUUGCUAUUAAAAUUUUGAUACAUUCAGUAUUUAGCAUGAUCAUUAUGUGCACUAUUUUGACCAACUGUGUAUUCAUGACUUUUAGUAACCCUCCUGAGUGGUCGAAGAAUGUGGAGUACACAUUCACAGGGAUUUAUACAUUUGAAUCACUAGUGAAAAUCAUUGCAAGAGGCUUCUGCAUAGAUGGCUUUACCUUUUUACGAGAUCCAUGGAACUGGUUAGAUUUCAGCGUCAUCAUGAUGGCAUAUGUGACAGAGUUUGUGGACCUGGGCAAUGUCUCAGCGCUGAGAACAUUCAGGGUUCUCCGAGCUUUGAAAACUAUCUCUGUAAUUCCAGGCCUGAAGACCAUUGUGGGUGCCCUAAUUCAGUCCGUGAAGAAGCUGUCGGAUGUGAUGAUCCUGACAGUGUUCUGCCUGAGUGUUUUCGCCUUGAUCGGGCUGCAGCUGUUCAUGGGGAACCUGCGAAACAAGUGUGUUGUGUGGCCCAUAAACUUCAAUGAGAGCUAUCUUGAAAAUGGCACCAGAGGCUUUGAUUGGGAAGAAUAUAUCAACAAUAAAACAAAUUUUUACACAGUUCCUGGCAUGCUAGAACCUCUACUCUGUGGGAACAGUUCUGAUGCUGGGCAAUGCCCAGAGGGAUACCAGUGCAUGAAAGCAGGAAGGAACCCCAACUACGGUUACACAAGCUUUGACACUUUCAGCUGGGCCUUCUUGGCAUUAUUUCGCCUUAUGACCCAGGACUAUUGGGAGAACUUGUAUCAGUUGACCUUACGAGCAGCUGGGAAAACCUACAUGAUCUUCUUUGUCUUAGUCAUUUUUGUGGGUUCCUUCUAUCUGGUGAACUUGAUCUUGGCUGUGGUGGCCAUGGCUUAUGAAGAGCAGAAUCAGGCAACACUGGAGGAGGCAGAGCAAAAAGAGGCUGAAUUCAAAGCGAUGUUGGAGCAACUUAAGAAGCAACAGGAAGAGGCACAGGCUGCUGCGAUGGCCACCUCAGCGGGAACUGUCUCAGAGGAUGCCAUAGAGGAAGAAGGUGAAGAAGGGGGAGGUUCCCCUCGGAGCUCAUCUGAAAUUUCUAAACUCAGUUCCAAGAGUGCUAAGGAAAGACGUAACAGGAGAAAGAAGAGGAAGCAAAAGGAACUCUCUGAAGGAGAGGAGAAAGGGGAUCCUGAGAAGGUGUUUAAGUCAGAGUCAGAAGAUGGCAUGAGGAGGAAAGGCUUUCGGCUGCCAGACAACAGAAUAGGGAGGAAAUUUUCCAUCAUGAAUCAGUCACUACUCAGCAUUCCAGGCUCCCCAUUCCUAUCUCGCCACAACAGCAAGAGCAGCAUCUUCAGCUUCAGGGGGCCCGGGCGGUUCCGGGACCCGGGCUCGGAGAACGAGUUUGCGGACGACGAGCACAGCACAGUGGAGGAGAGCGAGGGCCGCCGUGACUCGCUGUUCAUCCCGAUCCGGGCCCGCGAGCGCCGCAGCAGCUACAGCGGCUACAGCGGCUACAGCCAGGGCAGCCGCUCCUCCCGAAUCUUCCCCAGCCUGCGGCGCAGUGUGAAGCGCAACAGCACAGUGGACUGCAACGGCGUGGUGUCCCUCAUCGGAGGCCCCGGCUCGCACAUCGGCGGGCGUCUCUUGCCAGAGGCUACAACUGAAGUGGAAAUUAAGAAGAAAGGUCCUGGAUCUCUCUUAGUUUCCAUGGACCAGCUGGCCUCCUAUGGGCGGAAGGACAGGAUAAACAGUAUACUGAGUGUUGUUACAAAUACGUUAGUAGAAGAGCUGGAAGAGUCCCAGAGAAAGUGCCCUCCAUGCUGGUAUAAAUUUGCUAAUACUUUCCUCAUCUGGGAGUGCCACCCCUACUGGAUAAAAGUGAAAGAGAUUGUGAACUUGAUUGUUAUGGACCCUUUUGUGGACUUGGCCAUCACCAUCUGCAUUGUCCUGAAUACACUGUUCAUGGCCAUGGAGCACCAUCCUAUGACGCCACAGUUUGAGCAUGUCUUGUCUGUAGGAAAUCUGGUUUUCACUGGAAUUUUCACAGCAGAAAUGUUCCUGAAGCUCAUAGCCAUGGAUCCCUACUAUUAUUUCCAAGAAGGUUGGAACAUUUUUGACGGAUUUAUUGUCUCCCUCAGUUUAAUGGAACUGAGUCUAGCAGAUGUGGAGGGGCUUUCGGUGCUGCGAUCUUUCCGAUUGCUCCGAGUCUUCAAAUUGGCCAAAUCUUGGCCCACCCUGAACAUGCUGAUUAAGAUUAUUGGAAAUUCAGUGGGUGCCCUGGGCAACCUGACCCUGGUGCUGGCCAUUAUUGUCUUCAUCUUUGCUGUGGUGGGGAUGCAGCUCUUUGGGAAGAGCUACAAAGAGUGUGUCUGCAAGAUCAACCAGGACUGUGACCUCCCUCGCUGGCACAUGAAUGACUUUUUUCAUUCCUUCCUCAUUGUCUUUCGAGUGUUGUGCGGGGAGUGGAUUGAGACCAUGUGGGACUGCAUGGAGGUGGCUGGCCAAGCCAUGUGCCUCAUUGUCUUCAUGAUGGUCAUGGUCAUUGGCAACUUGGUGGUGCUGAACCUGUUUCUGGCCUUGCUCCUGAGCUCCUUCAGUGCAGACAAUCUGGCAGCCACGGAUGACGAUGGGGAAAUGAACAACCUGCAGAUCUCAGUGAUCCGAAUCAAGAAGGGUGUGGCUUGGACCAAAGUGAAAGUGCGUGCCUUCAUGCAGGCCCACUUCAAGCAGCGGGAGGCUGAUGAGGUGAAACCACUGGACGAGCUGUAUGAAAAGAAGGCCAACUGCAUUGCCAACCACACUGGUGCAGACAUCCACCGGAAUGGUGACUUCCAGAAGAAUGGCAAUGGCACCACCAGUGGCAUUGGCAGCAGCGUGGAGAAGUACAUCAUUGAUGAGGACCACAUGUCCUUUAUCAACAACCCCAACUUAACUGUGCGGGUGCCCAUUGCUGUAGGCGAGUCCGAUUUUGAGAAUGUCAACACAGAGGACGUUAGCAGCGAAUCAGAUCCUGAAGGCAGCAAAGAUAAACUGGAUGAUACUAGCUCCUCUGAAGGAAGCACCAUUGACAUCAAACCAGAAGUAGAAGAAGUCCCUGUGGAACAGCCUGAGGAAUACUUGGAUCCAGACGCUUGCUUCACAGAAGGUUGUGUCCAGCGAUUCAAGUGCUGCCAGGUCAACAUUGAAGAAGGGCUAGGCAAGUCUUGGUGGAUCCUGCGGAAAACCUGCUUCCUCAUUGUGGAGCACAAUUGGUUUGAGACCUUCAUCAUCUUCAUGAUUCUGCUCAGCAGUGGCGCCCUGGCCUUCGAGGACAUCUACAUUGAGCAGAGGAAGACCAUCCGUACCAUCCUGGAGUACGCUGACAAGGUCUUCACCUACAUCUUCAUCCUGGAGAUGUUGCUCAAGUGGACAGCCUAUGGCUUCGUCAAGUUCUUCACCAAUGCCUGGUGCUGGCUGGACUUCCUCAUUGUGGCUGUCUCUUUAGUCAGCCUUAUAGCUAAUGCCCUGGGCUACUCGGAACUAGGUGCCAUAAAGUCCCUUAGGACCCUAAGAGCUUUGAGACCCUUAAGAGCCUUAUCACGAUUUGAAGGGAUGAGGGUGGUGGUGAAUGCCUUGGUGGGCGCCAUCCCCUCCAUCAUGAAUGUGCUGCUGGUGUGUCUCAUCUUCUGGCUGAUUUUCAGCAUCAUGGGAGUUAACCUAUUUGCGGGAAAGUACCACUACUGCUUUAAUGAGACUGCUGAAGAGCGAUUUGAAAUUGACAUUGUCAACAAUAAAACUGAUUGUGAAAAGCUCAUGGAGGGGAACAAUACAGAAAUCAGAUGGAAGAACGUGAAGAUCAACUUCGAUAACGUUGGGGCAGGAUAUUUGGCGCUGCUUCAGGUGGCGACCUUCAAAGGCUGGAUGGACAUCAUGUACGCAGCUGUAGAUUCAAGAAAGCCUGAGGAGCAGCCUAAGUAUGAGGACAACAUCUACAUGUACAUCUACUUUGUCAUCUUCAUCAUCUUCGGCUCCUUCUUCACCCUGAACCUGUUCAUUGGUGUCAUCAUUGAUAACUUCAAUCAACAAAAGAAAAAGUUUGGAGGUCAGGACAUCUUCAUGACUGAAGAACAGAAGAAGUACUACAAUGCCAUGAAAAAGCUGGGCUCCAAGAAACCACAGAAACCCAUUCCCCGCCCCGUGAACAAAAUCCAAGGUAUCGUCUUUGAUUUUGUCACUCAACAAGCCUUUGACAUUGUUAUCAUGAUGCUCAUCUGCCUUAACAUGGUGACCAUGAUGGUGGAGACAGAUACCCAGAGCAAGCAGAUGGAGAACAUCCUCUACUGGAUUAACCUGGUCUUCGUCAUCUUCUUCACUUGUGAGUGUGUGCUCAAAAUGUUUGCCUUGAGGCACUACUACUUCACCAUUGGCUGGAACAUCUUCGACUUCGUGGUAGUCAUCCUCUCCAUUGUGGGAAUGUUCCUGGCUGAUAUAAUUGAGAAAUACUUUGUUUCCCCAACCCUAUUCCGAGUCAUCCGAUUGGCCCGCAUUGGGCGCAUCUUGCGUCUGAUCAAAGGUGCCAAAGGGAUUCGUACCCUGCUCUUUGCCUUAAUGAUGUCCUUGCCUGCUCUGUUCAACAUCGGCCUUCUGCUCUUCCUGGUCAUGUUCAUCUUCUCCAUCUUUGGCAUGUCCAAUUUUGCAUAUGUGAAGCACGAGGCUGGCAUUGACGACAUGUUCAACUUUGAGACCUUUGGCAACAGUAUGAUCUGCCUCUUUCAGAUCACAACCUCGGCUGGGUGGGAUGGCCUGCUGCUGCCCAUCCUAAACCGCCCCCCUGACUGCAGCCUGGAAAAAGAACACCCAGGGAGCAACUUCAAGGGAGACUGUGGGAACCCCUCAGUGGGCAUCUUCUUCUUUGUAAGCUACAUCAUCAUCUCCUUCCUCAUUGUUGUGAACAUGUACAUUGCCAUCAUCUUGGAGAACUUCAGUGUAGCCACAGAGGAGAGUGCAGACCCUCUGAGUGAGGACGACUUUGAGACCUUCUAUGAGAUCUGGGAGAAGUUUGACCCCGAUGCCACCCAAUUCAUCGAGUACUGUAAGCUGGCGGACUUUGCAGACGCCUUGGAGCAUCCUCUCCGAGUGCCCAAGCCCAACACCAUUGAGCUCAUUGCCAUGGAUCUGCCCAUGGUCAGCGGGGAUCGUAUCCACUGCUUGGACAUCCUUUUUGCCUUCACCAAGCGGGUCCUGGGAGACAGUGGGGAGCUGGACAUCCUCCGGCAGCAGAUGGAGGAACGGUUCGUGGCGUCUAAUCCUUCCAAAGUGUCUUACGAGCCAAUCACAACCACGCUGCGGCGCAAGCAGGAAGAGGUGUCAGCAGUGGUCCUGCAGCGUGCCUACCGGGGACAUUUAGCGAGACGGGGCUUCAUUUGCAAAAAGACAGCUUCCAAUAAGCUGGAGAAUGGAGGCACACACCGGGAGAAAAAGGAGAGCACCCCGUCGACAGCCUCCCUCCCAUCCUAUGACAGUGUGACUAAACCUGAGAAGGAGAAACAGCAGCGGGCAGAGGAAGGAAGAAGGGAAAGAGCCAAAAGACAAAAAGAGGUCAGAGAAUCCAAGUGUUAGAAGAAAGCAAAAAUUAAAUAUUGUACAGAUUUAAAACUUGCAAGUGAAAGAUUGUUUACAAACUUCCUGAAUAUUAUCAAUGCAGAACAGCUGUGGAGACACUUUACCCUGAAGAUCUAUACCAAACGUAGUCUGCUUACCAUGUACCACAGUUGCAUCUUGAGCAGUGACCUGCCCAGGGCAAAGGACCCUGCUCCCCGGACUCACAGAUUUUCUAACGCUUGGGCAGGUGGUUACUGCAUGUUCCACAUCAGUCAAUGCAACUUAGGACAAAACUAAACAGGAUACAAAAACAGAGGAGAGGCUGCCGGAACCAGCAUAUUUCCGUUGCAGCCAAAUGGAUUUUAUUUUUUUCAUUUUGUUGAUUCUCAGAAGCAGAAAGCAUCACUUUAAAAGUUUGUUUGUUCAUGCAAACUAUAUUUGCAUUCGUACAUUAGUUAAGCUAAGCAGCAAAAAGAAAACACACACAUACUCACAUUUAGCCCAUGUCAUUUAAUUGUCACUUUCUUUGACAUAAACCGCAUCUUCUCCACAUGGGCUUCACAUGGUUUGGAGAUGGGUGGGGGCAAACAAUCAGGUUUCUUCAGGCUGAGGAGGACUUGCUCAGGCCGAUUCCAAACAUUGUGCUUGUUCAAUGCAUAGAAAUGAUUUGCAUGAUGGCAUGCCGUGAUCAGAAGUCAUGCAUGAGAACCAUACACCACAGGACACUCCUGAUCCUCUCCCCUGCCCUGGGGUCAGCCUUGGGACAGGACCCAGCCCUGCACCGUUCACUGUAUUUGGAGAAAAAAUGGUAAGAGUUCCACACCCGCUGCAAUUCUUUAUGAAUUCGUAGAAGUCUUUCAUACACCUUCUGGGUAGGGAAACACAACCAACCGACCACCACCAACAAACACGAACCCAGUCCGACAAGCAGAUGGAUCCGUCGCGUGUCUAUGUUUAACAGACAUCUCUAACAUACAGCCAUUGUUGCACAUUUCGAAAGACGAACUGUUUAAUGCUGCUCUGUGUCCCGUACGUGGGGAAACUUUGAUCUCAAAUGGCUUGUAUUAAUGUCACUGUAAAACCAAAUCCUAGGGCUAAAAACAAAAAUCAAAAAAAAGUUCAUUUGUAUUUUGCAAUAUUUAUGAUGAUUGUUUAGCCUUCAUACUGGAGAACUGACACUAAUUUGGGGUAGAGGUAAAAAUGCUAUUCAUAGUAGCAUGUUAUCUCCAGGGGGUGAUUUAGGGAACUUAAAACCACCUUUCGUUGGGGGUUAAGGGGUGCUCAUUUCAUUUAGUAUCACAUCCUUUGCAUUAUGGCUUUCUCUGGGCUCGGGUCCACGUGCAGAAGGGUUCAGACACUGUGAGCGGCCUCUCUCCCCCGGAGGGGCUGCCACAAGCUCCCACGCUGCAUGACCCCUCUCGCCUCCAUCGCAUCUCCACCGAGCAGGGCUGCCCUCACCCACCUCUGUGGGUGAGAGCAGCGGCACUGGGGCCGGGCCUGUGGUUUCUUUCAUUUAUCGUCAGAAUGAGCCAUCACUGGUGGGACCUGAGGUAGAGAUGGAGCCGCCUCUGAACCAAACCCACUUGGUUUCUUUAUUGCACUGGUUCUCAUGAGAAAGUGAUUUAACAUUAAUUCUUAAACGUUCCAGCUUCCCCCUGCGCAUUUCCUUUCAGCCGGUUUUGCUGUCUGCUUAGCAACCUGCCCAUGGUCAUUGAAGGGUGGCUUUGGGGGGUGGCGUCCUAUCUUCCAUUCCAUCUCCUGCUUUAGGGAAGGCAGUUUUUACUCCAGGGGUUUCUCAUCCCAUGACUAGAUUUCAAAGCCAAGAUGCUGCAGUUGAAUGUGUCAGGAAGUCUAUACAAAGACUGAGGAGAGAUUUUUAGCUUGCAAACCAAAUCAAAAUAAAUUCUUCCUGAACCAUACAAUAGAGGGGGGAAAAACAACCCAUAAUCAGACACACCAAUCUGCCUUGCAGUAGAAGCACUUUGGAUGUAUUUUCACCGUCCACCUGACUAGUUUUGUGUAGAACAAACCACGGCAAGUCAGUAAGCAGAGCUUUCUGUCUUGUUGGACCAGUAGAUGCUGUCCAGCUAUCGUAAGCCUGCUUCUGCGGCAUCACCCGUAGGACUUGUGCACUACACGCGACACCGGGUUGGGAAGGCAUCUCUCUCAGCGACGCUGCUAACUGCUAGGACGAGUGUAGAGUCACCUGUACAGGCUACAUCGUAAACAGCACAAAACAGAAGCUGACACGUGUGGUUAUUCUUUUUAAGAGAAUUAUAAAUACUGUAAUAUAUCAUUUUAUUUUAUUGGCAUGCCUUUUUGUAAAUACAAAUUAACUUAUGAAAUAGGAAAUGGCUUCUGGCUUCUGCCAUUGUCAUGUUUAUUUUUAUUUUUUAUACUUUUCUUUCUUCUUAGAACUUAGAUGCUGUCAGCCAAUGUACAUCCCCAAACCAGACAGACAGACAAAAAAUUUUUUAUUGCUAAUGGUCUUUUCCAAAACAACAACAAAUAUAUAUAUUUUUGUUCCAAUGUGCAAUAAAUUCUAACCACUUCUAUGCAAGAUUUGGCUAAACUUCAUAAUUGUUCUUAGGUCUCGAGAUGGGCAACAGAGCUAUUAAGAUCCCUCUUGGUACCCCAAGUGCUCGUGCUCGUGAUGGCAUUAAGCUACUAUAGAUGAGGUUUUUCUGAGAUCUGCCCUUUCUCCUCCCCAGACCCUGAUCCCUGCCCAGCAGGCCAUCCCCUCAGUCACACACACACGUGGGCCUGGGUAUCCGACGCCCAUGCCCAUCCGCCAGCUUCACAGGGAAGAAGCCUCCUCUACUCUAUUUGAAGUUUCACUUUUAUUUUUUUUUAACAUUUCCCACCUUCCUCUCCCUCCCCACCACCCCGCGCUCACUCUCACCCGCCCUGCUCCACACUUCUUUGGUAGUAAAUGACACCAUCACCAGCAGUUCACACCCGCAGUUAACAGGCAUCAGGCAUCCAGCGGAGGGAGUCGUGACGACACUGCCCUGCGUCCUCCCUGAGUGGGUAGGUGGCAACGCUUUGCCAGAUAUUAACGAAGCCAAUCAAACAGCAGCAGCAGCCACAGUAUCACUGCACAUAUAUAUAUAUAGAUCUAUAAAUAGAAUAUAAAUAUAUUUAUUUUUUGUAGCCAGGUCCUUGGUGCAGUAUUUAUAUUCCACAAUCCACCUUUAAAAAAAAGGACAAAAAGCAAAAAGUCACAUGUGAUGCUGUUAAUUUAAAAUGCAGAGCCAAAGCCACUGAGCAGCCGCUGACACGGUUGCUGGUUUGUGUGAAAAACACUUUCCCCUCUUUCCUUAACCUCCUUGUUGCUUAGGAUAAGGAGCUCCACAAUUUAAAGCAGCGGGCGAGCGCAGGAAAGACUUCCUGAGUCAGCAUGACCCACAUCCACUCCUCUCCAAGUGAGCCUCUUUUGGCACCAGAAGCAGACCUGGGAGAGAUAAAGAGAAACUCCCAGUCAAAGCUCCUGGAACGACAGUGCCCAGAGUUGUUUUAUUUUUCGCCGCAACCAAUGUAAACUUGUAACAGACCAAUAGUGAAGAUUAGUGUAUUAGUGAAUGCAUGGAGGCCAGCACUGCUCUAAAUGAGACAUGACAAAGCGCACAUCACAACUAUAAGCCAAAAAGGAAACAAAAUAAAAAUGACCCUUUUUACUGUACAAGGGAAGCCUGUCUUGGUGUGUGUUUGUUACUUAUCUAUCCCAAUUCUUGAGUUCUGGGAGGGGUCUGGGAAUUGGGACCUUAGUACAUGUGGUAAAAGGGGAAUGGGAGAGAGAGCCUAGGGUCUCUGGCCAGGUUCUGACUGAGAAGCAGAGAUUGGAGAGAAAAGCAAGGUCCUGACCCCCCCCCAUCCCCAUUCACCCAUUGCAUGUGGCAUUCCUCCCCCUACUGGGCCAGUGCUUAAAGGCCCAGGAAACCCCUUCCUCACCAGGUCACCUGGCAAAGCUCCCAGAGAUGAUGUCAGCCAACCCAGCUGAGCUGGCCUUACUUCUGCCUUUUUCACCAGUGUGUGGGGAAAAAAAAAAACAAACAAACCUAUCCCAAUGCCCCAAAGCUUGGGUGUGCACGAUGCCCAACAGCCUCCACUCUGCUAGCUAAUGCUGGGCCUUGCCCUCCAUCACCCCACAGAUAAACCAGCAGACUAGGGCUGGUCUCAUUCACAGUUGUGCAGGGGUGAGGGGCACCCCUCCCCUUCCCUCUCCCUGCCCUGCUUUGGGGACAUCCCUCUCUAGGCCAUGUCUCCCGGUCCGGGAACACUCUCAGGAGGAUUCUGAAGUGCCCACUCUAGUCCACUCCAGUAGCUCCACUCUGGAGAGAGAUGGCUGGUAGGUCAGUGCCCGUCCUGCCCCGGCCCCCAGCCUCCAGGCCUACUGUGGAGGUGAGAUCGCCAUGGGUUAUGACUUUGUGACUUGAGUCCAGGGCAUCUUUUGUAACGAUGCCCCUUUCUUUUCUCAGAUGUUGCCCAAAGUUUUGCAAAAAGCUUCGUUCAUUUUCAGGUACCCCCACCCCCCAAAGAAUUGGCUGCAGCUAGCCAGCCAGGGGGACAUGAGGAGAGAAGAGGAAGUCUGGGCUGGGAGGGGCCCGAGGGUUUGCGCAGAGCCUGGGUUGGGACUCAGCUCUGUGCUUUCUUGGAUUCCCUUUUUAGGAUUACCAAGAUUUCCUCUGUUAAAACGCUCCUGAGGCACCCUCUGCCCCUGUCCCCCACUGCUGUUUGCUGUACAUAGAGGCCAAGUGGGGUGGGGCGGGCGGGUGUGCACAUGUGCUGUAUGUGUGUGAGGAAUGUGUAUAGGUAAAGGGGAGCGGGGUCCAGUGGUUCCAGAAAAGGGACAGAACUCCUGUGUUCCAUCCCCAGCUCAACCGCUGGCUCGCUGUGUGGCCUUGGGCAAGUCACUUAACCUCUCUGUGCCUCAGUUUCCCCAUCUGUAAAAUGGGGAUAAUAAUACUGACCUACCUCACAGGGGUGUUGUGAGGCUUUAACUAAAUGUUUUGUAAAGUGUUUUGAGAUACAGAGGCAAAGGCACUAGGGAAGGGCAAAGUACUAUUUGGACUUAAGGAAGAUGAAAUGGUACCAUAAAUGCUGCUAUUCUGAGAGCCAUUUUAAACUGCACUGCUCCAACCACCCCCGCUUCUCAUCACCAGGACAGCAGGUCGAGAAAAUAUCUUUCCUUUCACUUGCUUCUGGGGUUUAUGAUUAUUCUAGACACUUAAUUUUUUCCCUUGCUGUAUCUCCUUCCCUCACCCCCUCGACUUGUUCCCUGUUCCGUUUAUGCGGAAAUGGCGGAAAUGCUUGAGAAAUGAGAAUGUAUAAGUGGAUUGGAAGUUUAUAGUCUGAAACUUCAAUUUUACUUUGUACUGUACAUCUUUUUACUUUAGAAUUUGCAAU